GAGAGUUCGCAAACGCCUCUCUUAAGAACGUAGCCGUUCUUCAUGUUAUACUAACGUCGGCAAUUUUGGGAAUCUCCGCCUUUGGCUUUAUGCAGACCCAUUCGACGCUGCUCCUGGCUACGUUUUAUGGUUGGUUUGUGGGACUAGUACUGAUCUGCUAUGCGGGACACCGUCUCAUGGAGAAGAGCGUGGCAUUAGGAGAUGAAAUAUAUCUGAAGAGUACAUGGGACGAUCUCGACAAAGGGGCACAAAUAGAUUUCGCUUUUGUAUUAUUGCGAAGUCAAAAACCUUUGGUAUUGAGAGGAGGACCUUUGGCAAUAAUGUCUUUGAAUGUUAUAAUACAGGUUUUAAAAGCCGCCAUGUCCUACAUCACUCUUCUUCGCGAAACACAGGAAGUAUAAUUCAUACCUGUCUAUUUAGACAACGUUACAUUUUGUGCAUUUACUUUGUAAUAUUCUGUACAACCGUUUUGCUGUCAAAAUGGUGGAUAUAAAACAAAGGGUGUUAAUAAAA